CUGACGCUGACAUCUCAGCUUCCCGGUUAGCUGGCAGUGCCUCUGGCACUGUAGUGUAAUAUGUUUCCGAGUGCUGAGAUGCCAGUAAGCGCCUCCGUAUUCCAGUGCGGCCUGAUGCUUAGCAGGCUGGGUGUGUGUCACUGUUAAUUGGAGCUCAGCAGCUGUAAAUGUGUUACUAAGCAAUACUGAGCUGGAGAGGUACUGCCAGCCAUGGAGGAUAAGUACAGUAGCAAUGUGAUGAGCACCGGCCGCCUGGGGCCUGUGGAUGCCCCGGAGUCAAGGUUGACAAAAUACAUUGUUCUCCUGUGCUUCACGAAAUUUUUUAAGGUUCUAGGAAUAUUCGAGUCCUAUGAUCUAUUAAAAGUAGUCCACAUUGUACAGUUUAUUUUUGUACUAAAACUUGGGUCUGCAUUGUUCAUGGUUUUGUUUCAAAAGCCAUUAUCUUCUGGGAAGACAAUUACAAAACGCCAGUGGAUUAGUAUUGUAAAACAUGCAUUUGCUGGCUGCAUUAUCUCACUCCUCUGGUUCUUUGGGCUCACACUUUGUGGGCCAUUAAGGACAUUGCUGCUAUUUGAACACAGCGAUAUUGUUGUAGUCUCGUUUCUUACUGUGCUCUUUACUGGAUCUGGGGGAGGACCAUCCAAGACUCGAGGUGCUGCAUUUUUCAUCAUAGCUAUCGUCUGCUUAUUGCUGUUCGACAAUGAUGAUUUGAUGGCUAAAAUAGCUGAACAUCCUGAAGGCCAUCAUGAUAGUGCGCUCACUCACUUCCUUUACACAGCAUUCUCCCUUUUAGGAGUUGCUGACCAUAAGGGUGGUGUCCUGUUGCUUGUGUUGGCUUUAUGUUUCAAUGUUGGUUUUCACACCGCUUCCAGAAAGCUCUCUCUAGAUAUUGGUGGAACCAAGCGUCUUCAGGCUUUGUCUCACCUUGUCUCUGUUAUAAUUCUGUGCCCAUGGGUCAUCGUACUUUCUGCAACAACUGAGAGCAAGGUAGAGUCCUGGUCUGCUCUCAUAAUGCCUUUCACUACAGUCAUUUUCUCUGUCAUGAUUCUGGAUUUUUAUGUAGAAUCUGUUUGUUCAGUUAAAAUGGAUCCUUCAAAGUGUGCACGUUAUGCAUCUGCUGUCACUUUUAUUAGUGCUCUUCUGCUGGGAAAUUUCUGGACUCAUCCAAUAACCGACCAGCUUAGAGCCAUGAAUAAACCAGCACAUAAUACAAGUACAGAGCAUGUGGUGUCUGGAGGAGUUGUAGUGAGUGCUGUUUUCUUCAUGCUAGCUGCACAUGUCCUGUCUUCUGUCUCAAGGAAAGGGCAGAAGGGCACUCUGGUUGGAUAUUCUCCUGAGGGUACACCGCUGUAUAACUUUAUGGGAGACGCCUUGCACACCACAUCCUCAUCCAUGCCCAGAUUUCUUAAGGAUUCACUGAAACAAGUCCUUGAAGAAUAUGACUCCAGGCAGAUCUUCUAUUUCUUGUGUUUAAAUCUGGCCUUCACAUUUGUUGAACUUUUCUAUGGAGUAUGGACCAAUAGUUUAGGUUUAAUGUCUGAUGGAUUCCACAUGCUGUUUGACUGCUCUGCACUAGUUAUGGGACUUAUAGCUGCAUUAAUGACUAGAUGGAAGGCAACACGCAUAUUCUCUUAUGGUUAUGGACGUGUAGAAAUUCUUUCUGGAUUUAUCAAUGGGCUCUUUUUAAUGGUGAUUGCAUUUUUUGUUUUUGUUGAAGCUGUAGCAAGAAUAUUUGAUCCACCAGAUAUCAACACUGAUAUGCUAACACCAGUAUCAGUUGGAGGACUGAUAGUAAACCUUGUUGGUAUCUGUGCCUUUAGCCAUGCCCACUCCCACGGGGCUUCUCGAGGCGGGUGUCCUUCACAUGAACACGGCCAUACUCAUCAUGGACAUGGCCACAGCCAUGGACAUGGCCACGGUCAUUCUCACAGUGACCAUGGACACACUCACAACCAUGGGCAUUCUCAUGGGUCAGCUGGAGGGGGCAUGAAUGCCAAUAUGCGAGGUGUGUUCCUACAUGUGCUGGCAGACACACUUGGCAGUGUGGGUGUGAUUGUAUCAACCAUACUAAUCCGACAGUUCGGCUGGCUGAUUGCAGACCCUCUAUGCUCACUUUUUAUUUCAGUUUUAAUAUUUGGUAGUGUUAUCCCUCUACUUAAAGAUGCCUGUCAGGUGAUUCUCCUCAGAAUACCACCAGAAGUCGAGAAAGGAAUCAACAUGGCUCUUGAAAAGAUAUCCAAGACGGACGGACUGAUCUCUUACCGUGAACCCCACUUUUGGCGUCACUCUGCCUCGAUUGUCGCGGGAACUAUACAUGUUCAAGUGAUGUCUGAAGUUGUUGAGCAGCGUAUAAUUCAGCAGGUAACAGCAGUGCUUAAAGACGCCGGAGUCAAUAACCUUACUAUACAGGUGGAAAAAGAAGCUUAUUUUCAACAUAUGUCUGGCCUUAGCACCGGAUUUCAAGAUGUCAUUCUAAUGACAAAACAUAUGGACACAAUAAAAUACUACAAAGAUGGGACAUAUAUCAUGUGACUGCCAACAUAUUUUUCACUCAGUAUUCGUGAUUUUAUUUUCUCAAGAUUUAAAGACUUGCACAUAUCUGUAAAAAAAUGUUAUAUAGAUAUUCAUUUUAUAAGUUACCGUCUGUCUUGAGACUUGAUCAGGAUGUUUUUAUAUAAGAUUAUUAUUAUACUGAUUUUCUCUUAGUUCUGUUUGGUUUUCAAAUAAUGAAGACAUGAGAUCUGAUUGCAUUACUCUUUUAUUAAAUCCUUCAUUUUGUUGUGAUCUCUUAAAGAGUGAACAUGCUUUCACCAUUCCUAAAUUACUUUGUUUACAUGUUAAGUAAUAAAGAUGCUGGAGAAGAAA